AUGCGCCGCAUUUGUGAGGCCGGGGUGCAGGGGAUGCGUCAUCCGAAUGUUCCGGGUCUCCGAGCGAGAGCGACGGCGAACAGCCGCACGCCGGGCGCCUUGGACAAGCUGGAUUUGGUGGCACGCCUCAACGAAGAUGGCCCAGGUUCCACUCGGUCGACCGCCUCCACGGCAUCGUUUGGCUCUCUUUCGCCGUCGUCGGCGCCGUCGGAUGAUGAGGCCACCGAGAAAUAUGCCAGCAACCAUGAGAUUGAGUGGUUUUUGGAGGCUGCGCAGCGACAUGGCCUUGACAGCUCGGGCAGGGCCUCGUGGCUGCAGCGGGCUAUGCGCACACUGGACUUGGAACCGUGCACGGCGGCCUCGACAGAGGAUGAGGAGGAGGACGAGCUCCGCCACAAGCUGGUUACGGCCAUCAUCAACGCAGAGCGCCACGCAAAAGUGUCGGAGGCCUUGCACGAGGUGCUCGGAGAUGCAGCCACCUUUGGCGAGAAGGAUUUGGAUGACAUCGUCCGGCCGCGACAACGAAGCAUUAAUUUCAAAGAUUCUGACAUUCGCUUCUUCAUUAUCGACCCCGAGGAUGAGGCGAUGAGGGAAGAGUACUGCCGACCUUUGCGAACCAAGGCCUUUGACGGCCCCAGCGGCCACAAAGCCCGGAAGGCCUCGUGCUUCGAGGAGGGGCUUGACUCUUCCGACGAUGAGAGCGAUGAGGAAGACGAUGACUGGAAAGACCAGUGUGACGAAGUGGCUGACCUGAUGGGUCAGCAGCGUCAGAUGGUUUUGUGGUCAGGAUCUUGGUAG